GCAGGGUUGAGGCUGCAUUUGCUGAGUGUGUAUUUGCUGACGUGGCAUCACGAUGGCAGGCAAGCUAACCGUUGUGGAGGGCAUGGCUGUGGCUGAAGUUGUUGCUGCAAACUGGGAACAAAUCUACAACUUCCAAGCAAGACCUGGAGACAUCUUAAUAGACACUUACCCCAAAUCUGGGACCACUUGGAUGCAGGAGAUCGUGGAUCUGAUCCUACAUGAUGGAGAUGAGCAGAUAUGCAUGAGAGCACCUAUAUCUGAGAGAAUACCCUUCAUUGAACUUCUUCAUCUAAUGAAGCCAGGGUUUGAAGAGGUGAAUGCCAGGCCGUCACCACGAGUACUGAAGAGCCACCUGCCCUACCAGCUGGUUCCACCAUCAUUCUGGAAACACAACUGCAAGGUCAUUUACGUGGCACGCAAUGCCAGAGAUACUUUGACUUCCUUCUUCCACUUUGACCAUCUUGUGCUGAUCCACCCAGAUCCUGAGCCGUUCGAGGACUACCUGCAGCGGUUUAUGAAAGGAGAUGUGGGCUGGGGCUCCUGGUACGAUCAUGUGAAAGGUUUCUGGGCAGCAAGAGAGAAGGAAAACAUUUUAUAUAUAUUGUUUGAAGAUAAAAAAAAGAACCCCUCACAGGAGAUUCAGAAAGUGGCAAAGUUUCUUGGUAAAGAGCUGUCAGAAGAUUUACUACUCAAAAUUGCGAAACUCAGCUCAUUUGAACACAUGAAGAAUAACCCCAUGGCCAAUAAUUCUGACUUCCCCAAGGAAAUUCUUGAUCAGUCGGAGAAAAGCUUCAUGAGAAAAGGUAAAGUUGGAGACUGGAAGACGCUGUUCACCGCCCAGCAAAAUGAGAUGUUUGAAGCAGAUUAUGAACGUCAGAUGAGUGACACCACUCUGAAAUUCCCAAAACUGAAAUGAA